AGUUUUGGAGGAACAGCAUCAGUGAGCUCCAGUUCUGUCAAGGAAAGGAUGAGGUCUCUUUUGGUUCUAGCAUUCUGCAUAGCCUUGGCUGCAGCCACGGUGGACUCACUGUGGGGCAGACUGCGUGGAGUGGGCGGUCUUGGAACAGGAUGGGCAGGAGGUCGAUUGAUGGGCGAUACAGGGAUUGAUGACGAUAUCAACAUUGGAAAGUACAGGAACCUUUACGACAUAGGAACUGCUGAUACCGUAGACAAGCUUGGAAUUGGAACCGGAACUGGCAUUCACGAUGAUCUCAUAGAUCUAGGAAGAGGCGAUCUGAGAAACCUUGAUCGUGCCCGUACAGUGGACAACGUAGACAAGAAACUGGUUAGAUUCGAUGAUGACGUUAAACUGAAGAUCCUGGGCGACAAACAUCUGCUCAUUAAGCAGAAAUUCAUCUUGGAUGUGCUACUCAAUCUUCACAAGCCAAUGAGGGAUGAUACAACGGACGUCGUUCACAUUGUCGAUGGAGAGAUCUAUUAUAAGAAUUUCGACAAAGUCAUCGAUUUCUUCCGCUUACUAACGAAUAGAUCAACUUUGCUACCACGAGGAGCUGUUUUCACCAUUACCAACAAAGUACACCGCAGGCAAUUGAGACUUCUUUUCAAUCUAUUCGUUUACUCCAAGGAUUUUCUCGUCCUUCAAAAGAAUGUUCUUUGGGCCCGCAGAAAUAUCAACGAGGAAAUGUUCGUUCAUGCUUUGAUAGCUGCCGUUCUACACCGUGACGAUAUGGUUGGAGUGAAACUACCUGCACUCUACGAAAUCCUCCCACACAAAUUCCACACAAGCAUGACCAUCGACAAGGCGUUGAAACUAAAAGACAUCACCCGACUUGACAAGAAGGAUCUCGUCAUCUGGAAUAAACAUACUAAGGAUCACAUGCUAAUGAAUGAUGAAGGCAGGCUGGCUUAUCUGACAGAGGAUAUUGGCUGGAACUUGUAUCACUUCUUCUUCCAUAUGGACUUCGCUUCAUGGAUUGGAGGAAAGGACUUCAACUUAUUCAAGGAACGUCGUGGGGAGAAAUAUUUGUAUUUCCUACAACAAAUUUUGGCUCGUUACAAUCUGGAACGUAUAUCCAAUGGUUUGGGUAAUAUUAAGGAUAUUACGUUGUGGGAUUACAUCAAGACUGGUUACAACCCAAUGAUGGUCCAAAAGAAUGGAUUGCCAGUGACAAUGAGGAAGAACUACUACGACAUCCGUGAAACUGGCGACUAUUUCCUAAUGAAACGUGUUGGCGACUUUGAACGCAGAAUACGGGAUGCUAUUGACAAAGGAUACUGUACCACAAUUGAUGGCGGUAAAGUUGACCUUAAACGUUCAGAUGCGAUUGACAUCCUCGGAAAUAUGAUUCAAUGGAAUAUUGACUCUGUAAACACAAGAUUCUAUGGUUCCUUGAUCAUUGAUUUGCUCAGACUAUUGGGUGGAGGUCAUGUUAAGAACGUUGAUGACUUUAAACUCACACCAAGUGUCAUGGACCAUCAUGAAACUGCCCUUCGUGAUCCAGUCACAUACCAACUUUACAAGAAAAUCCUGAAAAUUGUACGACUCUUCAAGGAAAACCUGCCGACUUACACAAAGAAUGAACUUCUUUUGGAUGGAGUUCGCGUGGACAAUAUCCGCACUUCAAAACUGCUUACCUACUUUGAUCUGUUUGAUGUUGAUAUUCGCACCAUAGUGAACCUCGGUGACCUGAAAUUAAGAGACGCCCAUAUAACUGACGAUCGAAUUGGCAGAAUGGACAAACUCGUGGUAGCCAGGCACAUGCGACUUAACCAUAAACCGUUCACUAUUGACAUUGACCUCACUGUUGACCAACCGCAAAAGGUUGUUGUCAGGUUAUUCUUAGGACCGAAAUUCGAUAGCGACGGCAGGCUUAUUAAGCUCAAGAACAACCGCAGAAACUUCGUCGAACUUGACAAAUUUACAUACGAUGUGGCCCACGUAGGAAAGGUUACCAUCAAGAGGGAUUCACGCGAUUUUGUCUAUACCGUCAAAGACCGCACUUCCAUUAUGGACAUAUACAAAAUCGUCUUGUUGAAUAAUGACAUAACCAAAUUGGUGGACAUGCAUGUUGAUGAGGCUAACUGUGGAUUCCCAGAUCGUCUAGUAUUACCCAAGGGUUGGGUUGGAGGCAUGCCAAUGCAACUAUUCGUCAUUGUGACCAAGGCUAAGGAUAUUGUUAAACGCGACAUGGAUCACACCAUCCUUUGCGGUAAGCGCACACUCAUCAAUGAAGUCGAUGACUUCGCACUAGGAUUCCCAUUCGAUCGUCGCAUUGAUGAAACCGAAUUCUAUACUAAGAAUAUGCUCCUCAAGGAUGUGCUGAUCUUCCACGAUGAUGACACUAAUAUGGCGCUGAAGAUGUUGGACAUUGGAGGCAGAGGAAUUGAUGUUGGCACCGUCAAUAAAAGGGUGAACGUUUUGGAUUCUCAUGAAGUGAUGGAUACGUCGGACAAAAUGCGGUUGAUGAAUAUUAUGAAAAUGACAGUGGUUUAAACGGCUUUCAGACAUUUGGCGAUUGAGUUACGGACAAUAUAGCAGUUCUUUCAA